UGGGAGGCCCUGGAGGCCGCUGAGGUCAUUGGUUUCUGUUGAACGGCUUGUGGGAGUGUUGCUUGCUGCUUUGGGGAGGGGGUUUAAAAUCCUUCUCCGGAAGAGUCUCAGUCCGAAGAGAAAAUGAGUUUAGCGCUGAGAGGUGAGCUUGUAGACAAAACAAAGAGAAAAAAACGAAGGGAACUCUCUGAAGAACAGAAACAAGAAAUUAAAGAUGCUUUUGAACUAUUUGAUACUGAUAAAGAUGAAGCGAUAGAUUAUCAUGAACUAAAGGUGGCAAUGAGAGCCUUGGGGUUUGAUGUGAAAAAAGCUGAUGUUCUGAAGAUUCUUAAAGAUUAUGACAGAGAAGCCACAGGGAAAAUAACCUUUGACGAUUUUAACGAAGUGGUGACAGACUGGAUAUUGGAUAGAGAUCCACAUGAAGAAAUACUGAAGGCAUUCAAGUUAUUUGAUGAUGAUGAUUCUGGUAAAAUAAGCUUGAGGAAUCUGCGACGAGUUGCCCGAGAACUGGGUGAAAACAUGAGUGAUGAAGAGCUUCGGGCUAUGAUAGAAGAAUUCGAUAAAGAUGGUGAUGGCGAAAUAAAUCAAGAGGAGUUCAUUGCUAUUAUGACUGGUGACAUUUAAGGAACUGUAAGGAUAAACACUAAGAACAUUGCAGUUAUCAUCUUAUAUUCUGUUUUUGUGCCUGGAUCCAUGGUUAAAAAUUAGCAUUCCCCCCCCCCCAGAAGAAGUAAAAAUGAGACUCUUAGUGCAUUCUUAUGCUACGACUGUGAAGUUUCUGUGUGUGAACAGCAUUGUUUGUAUUUUGUUAAUUUAGCUUUGUAUUUGUGAUACAACUUUUUAUAUUUAUAAAGUUUAAAAAAAGUGA